GUAGAUAUGUUAGAUAAAGAAAGGCAGCAGUUUGAUAAUAAAGAUAUUAAAACAAGAUAUAUAGUUGAAGAUAAAUUUUCUAUAAAUAACAUUGUUUAUCUCACAACCAACACUAUAGCAAAAAACAUUAAACAAUAUUAG